UUAGUACAUUUUGACAUUCUGAGUUUUUGGUGGUCUCGUCGAGAUAUAGUAUGUGGGAAAAAUCAUUGUUUGUUAGUAAUUAGGCAGGUGUUAUUUAUCGUGGAUAAUGUUCUAAUAUGUUAGUCAUUAUUGAUUUAAUAUCAAAUAGUAGUUUGUCUGCAUUCACUCGGUGUUCGUCUGUCGAGCGUGCCAUUCAUAGAUUUCUCAGAUAGAUCUGUGCACAGAGAGGAAGAUGACGGUUUUGAUCUACAAUAGUGAUAUUAUUUCCGUAUAGUUGUGUUUUUUAUUCAUGAUGACUACAAAUACGAGAUCUGCUAAAGUCAGUUUGAAGCCGAUUGAAGUGCCCCAGGCUUUGCAGGAUGGAGAGAAAUUCGUCAAGUGGGAUGAGGAUUCCGGAGCCGGUCUGCCUGUUACCUUACGGGUGGACCCCAAGGGUUUCUUUCUGUACUGGACAGACCAGAACAUGGAAGUGGAGAUGCUGGACAUAGCCACCAUCCGUGAUGUCCGUACCGGAGUACAUGCUAAAGUACCAAAAGAUCCCAAAAUACGUAAUGUAGUGCUGAUUGGGUCUCAAGGAUCGCUGGAGGAAAAAACUGUCACCGUGUGUCAUGGCGCCGACUUUGUCAACGUAACGUUCAUCAAUUUCUGCUGCACCAGAAAGGAAAUUGCACAGCUUUGGACAGAGGGGUUGUUUGCUCUGGCAUACAAUCUGAACCAGCUCAACAACCCGACAAUAAAGUUCCUCGAGAAGUUACACACCAAGAUCGCUCUCAAAGCUGACAAGUCGGGGAAAAUUCUCGUCAAGAACAUCGUGAAACUCCUAGCCCAAAACAAAGAAGACAAGAAGCGCGUAGAGAAGGCCCUCAGCGAGUCCGGUCUGCCCACCGGCAAGAAUGACACCAUCAGCCAGUCCAAGUUCCAGUUCGAAGACUUCUUCGCUUUCUACAAGAAUCUCACGCAGAGGACUGAGGUCCAGAAGAUAUUCAACAAUCUCACGGAUGGCAAGCCCCAUCUAUCUGCCAAUCAAUUGGUGGACUUCCUCAAUGAAGUUCAAAGGGACCCCAGGCUCAAUGAGAUCUUGCACCCUUAUGCGGACCUCCAGCGGGCCAAGGACCUUAUCAAGACCUAUGAACAUAAUAAGUACCACCAACAAAGAUCACAGCUCACUUUCGAUGGAUUUUUAAGAUUCCUGAUGUCGGAAGAUAAUCCUAUAGUGGCGCCAAGUAAGAUGGACCUGUGUGAUGAUAUGGAGCAGCCGUUGGCUCACUACUUCAUCAAUAGUUCGCAUAAUACUUACCUGACUGGACAUCAGAUUACCGGCAAAUCUAGCGUGGAGAUCUAUCGCCAGAGCUUGUUAGCUGGAUGCAGAUGCGUCGAGUUAGAUUUCUGGAACGGCCGCACGGACGAGCCUGUCAUCGUCCACGGCUACACUUUCGUACCAGAGAUCAGCGCCAAGGAAGUACUGGAAGCGAUAGCCGAGAGUGCCUUCAAGACUUCAGACUACCCAGUCAUACUGAGCUUUGAGAACCACUGCAAUCCUCGGCAGCAGGCCAAAAUUGCCAAUUACUGCAGAGAAAUAUUCGGAGAUAUGCUGCUUGAUAAACCUCUGGAUUCCCAUCAAUUAGAACCUGGAGGGGAGUUGCCGCCGCCAUCUUUGCUUCGCAACAAGAUCAUAAUAAAGAACAAGAAGAAACACCAUCACCACCAUAAGAAGGAAGACUCCAUUGCCUCUGAGGAGAGCGAGCCGCAGCCCGAAGUGCCUCAGGGCAACGGAGAUGUUACGGCUGCCGCGUUAACGCGACAAGGGUCAUCAGAAUCAUCGGACUCAGAAAGUUCGUCGGGCGAAGAGGAAGCGGGGGGCGUCGACAGCGCCGUCGGCGAGGACGCACGUGAAACGCACGCGGGCGCAGAAAUAUCCGCGCUCGUUAACUACGUACAACCCGUACACUUCAGCUCCUUCGAGAACUCAGAGAGUCGGGGAGGACGCCCGCGGAUCCACGCGGCCGCAGAAAUCUCUGCCAUAGUCAACUACGUGCAACCUGUACACUUCAGUUCCUUCGAGAAUGCCGACAAAAAGAACCGUUUCUACGAGAUGUCGUCGUUCGACGAGAAACAAGCGACUACGCUGCUGAAGGAACGCCCCAUCGAGUUCGUGAACUACAACAAACAUCAGCUGUCGAGAGUCUACCCGGCGGGAACUCGGUUUGACUCCUCAAACUUCAUGCCACAGGUUUUCUGGAACGCCGGCUGUCAGUUGGUGGCGCUCAACUAUCAAACGUUGGAUUUGGCGAUGCAACUCAAUUUGGGCACGUAUGAAUACAACCGGCGAUGUGGGUAUUUGCUGAAACCUGAGUUUAUGAGGAGAAAGGACCGUCGCCUCGACCCGUUCGCAGAAAGUACAGUCGACGGCAUUAUCGCCGGAACACUAUCCGUCACGGUCCUCUCAGGACAACUGCUAACGGACAAGCGAUGCGGCACAUACGUAGAAGUGGACAUGUUCGGUCUGCCCGCCGACACAGUCCGCAAGAAGUUCAGAACAAGAGUCGCUCCGAAUAACGGCAUCAAUCCCGUGUAUGGAGAGGAGCCUUUUGUUUUUAAGAAGGUGGUGUUACCAGAACUAGCGAUGCUUCGCAUAGCGGCCCACGAGGAGAGCGGGCGGCUGCUGGGGCACCGAGUGUUGCCUGUGUUAGGGCUGUGUCCCGGCUACCGGUCCGUCAACCUGCGCACCGAGCUCGGGUUGCCUCUGCCGGGGAGCUUGUUGUUACUUGUUGUUGUUAAGGAUUACGUACCAGACCGGCUGUCAGAACUCGCAGAAGCGCUGGCGAACCCCAUCAAAUACCAGAGCGAGUUGGACAAGCGUGAACACCAACUCGCCAAGCUGACGGAAGACACUGACGUGCCCAGUGACGCGCAGCCCAGCCGCCCCAAGCGCGCCGCCGACAGCCCCGAGCGCCCCGAGCGACGCUCCCUGCCACAUCCUAUCAAAGUAGAAGACGCUCCUGACGGCAGUCCCUUAAAGGAGGCUGUAAUGGAGACGAAGAAGUUCAUCGAGAGCGAGAGCACCAGCAUACCGUCGCCGUUACCGCCCAAUGACAAGAACUCACAUGGUAUGGAUGAGAGUAGCGAUAGUCAUCUAAGUAGUGAGGAUAGUGGGGAUAGUGAGGAUAAUGAGGAUAGUGAGGAUACUACGGAUAGUGAGGAUAAUAAGGAUAGUGAGGAUACUACGGAUAGUGAGGAUAGUGGGGAUAGUGAGGAAAGUGAUAGUGAGUAGCUGAGAGGUUCACUGCGUUUCGUGGGAUCGAAUAGUUGCUUGUUAUGUGUCUAGGUACUAUUGGGUCAGAAUUCCGUGCUAUUGUUUAAAAAAAAUGCGAUAUCAUCCGCCAUUUCUCAAAUGGCAUAUAAUGUUUUGUAUCGGGGACGAAGAAGUUCAUCGAGAGCGAGAGCAUCAACAUACCGUCGCCGUUGCCGCCCAAUGACAAGAACUCACAUGGUAUGGAUGACAGUAGCGAUAGUAAUAUAAGUAGUGAGGAUAGUGAUAGUGAGUAGUUGACAGAUUCGCUGCGUUUCGUUUGUUCGGUUCCUACAAGUUGCUUGGUAAAUACAUAGUUUAUGUCUUAUUGGAUGGGAAAUCCGAAAUUUGGGAAUGAGAAAAAAUAAUAUGCAGAGUACAAAACAUAACUUUGAAAAAAAUCUGCUGUAUCAUGGCUUGACAUGUAUGUACUGGAGACAAAGAAAUUCGUUCAUAGCGAGAGUAUUAGCAUAUUCCACUUCCAAGAUAGAUGGAUAGAUAGAUAGGUAGAUAUGUAGAUAGAUUCUACUUUAUUGUACACCAAGAAAAUUAACAAGACAGGACAUCACAAUACACAAAGAAGUGUACAAAUGGCGGUCUUAUCGAUUACAGCUAAAUAUCGAUAUCUCUAAUCAGCGAUUUCUUCCAGACAACCUUUGGAUGGUUGUUUGUGUUUUACAAGUUUAGUGGUUUCGAUCCCAGAAAUAAAAUUAAGUAAAUGUUUAUUUUUUUUUUAAUUGGUAGGGGCAUAGGGUAGUUUAGCGAUUGUGGUGGUAGGUAAUGGGUAGGUUCAUAUUAUGUUUCUCAGGUUUAUUACUAUUUUAACAGAAUAUUCCAAACUGUGUUUAUGUUGUAUGACAUUUUUAAUGUGUUUGUGUCUAAAUAUAAUUACUAAUUUGUCUGUAUUACUUUCUUAAUGUCAAUAAUAAAAAUUAAACUGCUUCCAAUAA